AAGAGAGAAAUAAUCUUUAUUGUAUUGAAACCAUUGAAACCGAUGGAGCAUAUCGCACAGUCUCAGUAUUAUAUGUUUUUGAAAUGUCAUUGAGAUCCCAAAGAGCUAUGGCAAAAGGAUUUAUUUCAUUGUAAAUUUUUAGAGGCGGCAAAUUUGUUACCGCAUUUGGUUAAACUUAUUUUAAAUAUAGGGAAACUAAUUGUCAUUUGCAUUUAUUUUGUAAGAUAUAAUUUGGGUUCGCAGUGCUCUUAUUUAAUGUGCAGAGUUCUUGAAAAGUGUUAGAAUCUAGCAGAUAAGAUAAAUACUAUUAAGUAACAAAAUGCGUCUGUUUCCCAUACGAUUGUCCAGCGUCAACAAGAUGCUGGACUUUUAUUCCCAGUUUAACCCAUCGCCCUUGAGUAUCAAACAAUUCAUUGAUUUUGGUCUCAAUGCCUGCCCUACCAAGUCCUAUAUAUUUUUACGUAAAGAGUUGCCAGUACGAUUGGCCAAUAUUAUGAAAGAAAUCACAUUGCUUCCAGAAAGUUUAUUACGGAUGCCUUCGGUGGGUUUGGUCAGCGCUUGGUACGUGAAGAGUUUCGAAGAAGUGCUUGAAUUUGAGAAAAUCGAACCAUCAAUUGACAAUUUAGAAAAAUUCUGCAAGUCUCUCAUCAAAAUACGUGAAAGGCAUUCGGAUGUAGUACAGACAAUGGCUCAGGGUAUACUGGAAUUGAAGGAAUCACGAAACGGUCACAUCGAACCAUCAACAGAACUCUCGAUGCAAUACUUUUUAGACCGGUUGUACAUGUCACGUAUCAGCAUUCGUAUGCUCAUCAAUCAACACACUAUAUUGUUUGGCGAAAUACCACAGUCUGGUAGACAUGUAGGAUGCAUAGAUCCUCUCUGCGAUCCGCACAUGGUUGUUCGUGAUGCAUAUGAAAACGCUCGAUUUAUGUGUGAUCAAUACUAUCUCGCUAGUCCUGAAUUAGAGGUUAUAGAGCAUAAUGAUCUAGAGAAAGACAAAUCAAUUAAAAUUGUGUAUGUACCGUCACAUCUUUAUCACAUGUUAUUCGAGCUGUUUAAAAACUCGAUGCGUGCAGUCAUGGAAUAUCACGGAGCUGAGAACGACAUCCCACCAAUCAAAGUUACUAUUGUCAAGGGCAAGGAGGAUAUUUGCGUGAAGAUGUCUGACCGUGGCGGAGGUAUUCCAAGGUCUCAGGUUGAUCAACUUUUCAAAUAUAUGUACAGUACAGCACCGCAACCUCCUAAAACCAAAUCAGACCUGCCUCUUGUUCCCCUAGCUGGUUAUGGAUAUGGCUUGCCAAUUUCGAGACUUUAUGCCCGAUAUUUUCAUGGUGAUCUGGUUCUAUUCUCUUGUGAAGGUUACGGGUCGGAUGCUGUAAUAUAUUUAAAGGCUCUGUCUGACGAGGCAAACGAACUAUUGCCAAUAUUCAACAAAACAAGUUCUCGUUUCUAUAAAGCAACGGUUCCAACUGGAGAUUGGUCAAAUCAGAACUCAGACAUGAAUUCGAAACAAAUCAAUGCACAAACACGUCGUAAUACGACAAUUUCGGAAGUUUUAUAAAUUCAGCUAUGGAAUAAAAUCUAACAUUGGAAACAUCUCCCAUCCGUAAUCAUUAUAUCAGAGGAGAAUAGAGAUACGAUAUAUAUUAUAAGUGAUUAAUAAAUAGACCAUUACGUGUAAA